AUGUUUAAGCCUACUAUUAGUUUGUGCUCGGCGCUAUCAAAGAGAACUAAAAGGGUUAAGGUCCAAAUUCUAAGAGAUUUUCCUCGCCUUCGGUUAUUUAAAGGUGAAGUUAAAGAUGUAAAGCCUUCACUAAUGAUAAACUACUUACAUUAUGAGAAUGGCGCUCGCUAUAUCCAUAAAGAUAGCGACAUAGACAAUGAAUUGCUUGCGGAAUCGUCCAAACGUAUUAAAGAUUUUACUGCAGCUGAAAAAGAGCUUGAAAAGCAAAUGAAACUAAAGUCACAAGCAGAUUUGACAAUGCUCAAGCAAGUAUUAACUCCAAAGGAGGAGGGGAAGAAGGCAGAGGUAGAAAAGCCUUCUGUGAAGUCAUCGGCUAUUGAUUCCUCCGUCGGUACUGAUACUGUUAAGAUACCUGGACUUUGA